GCUUGUUCCUACAUUUUACAAAUUCACAAUGGCCUUUAUAGACCUGAAUUUGGAUGCAUUCCUUAUUGAACUGCCAGGAAAAGAUUUUGGUGGAAAUAUUCAGGUACCGGUAUACAUGUAAAUAGUAUUCAAGACUAAAAUUGAAAUCAAAUGCUGCAAGAUUGAAAUCAAAUGCUGUAAUUGAAUUGAGCAGAAUAUAUUAAUUCAUAUUUCCAAGUACAGUGCUUUGAAAUUUUUUUUGGAGUUUACUUAGUUUUUAACAUAUCCAACUAUUCCUUAAUAAUGAUAAAUCCCUCAAAAUGUUUUAAAUUACUUGAUCUUUAUCCCUUUUUUUUGUUUCUCAGAUUACAAUUUUUAUUUAUUCCAAUUAAAAUUUUAUGUUGACAGGUAUUUGGUAAUGCAGUGAGAAGAGUGUUAAUGAUUUUAAGAAAAGCUGAUCUGGACCAUAUGAAACAAAAACUUUUGAAGACACAGAUGGAUCCCGAGUUACUAAAAUAUAAGCUCAGCUACUUGGUUGAAAAUUCUCAAAGUUGGAACAAACGGAAUUGGGUUUUUGAGUUCAACAAAGUAACAUUUUUUAUAACAAGUUUUGCUCCAUUUUAUCCUGAAACAAACUCAAGAUAUGCAUUUGGUUGUGAAAAUUGUUAUAUUCUGUUCCAGCCAGAAAUAUCCUUUGCCAUUCAUGAUUUGCCAGACGAUACAGCGGAGACAAACUGGAACAAACCAAUUACAGUCAGGGAUAAAAUUCGUGUUGCCUUCCGCCAAGGGGGUAGAGAAUAUGAAGUGCCUUUGAAACUCCAGGAGCCCAUGGUACAUGACAUUGUAAAAACAAUUUAUCCACAUGAUGAUAAAAUAGAAUGGUGGUUAACUUAAAAUCAAAAUAAAUGUCAUUCAUAACAUAAAUUUGAUAUUUUUCAAUGACCAAUAUCUCUUGGUUUCAAUUUUACAGUCAACUGAACAUUACACUAAAACUGCAUCAAUUUGUGUAUAGGAAAAUUUUUGGAUUAAACAAGUUUUCAAAUAUGUCAUAUUAUACCUAAAUUUGGAUAAAUACUAAAUAAUUUAAUGUUAUUAAAAGACUAUGACUGCCAAAAUUCCGGUACUGUCAUUUGAAAUAAAAUCUUUGAAACAAUAUUUCUAUGUAAUGAAGAUUUUGUUAAUAUUUAAAAAAUUUCAACUAUUUGACUGCAUACAGUAGUGUUAUUUCAUCAGUAAACAAUUUUUUUUUUUACUCAAUGUACCCCAGUUUUCUCUUUUAAUUAGACACCUCAUAUUCAUAAUUUUAAUAUACCAAGUCCAUCUUGCACAAGGUUAAGUGACAUCUUUUUACAAAAAAUAAGUGUCAGGGAGAUAUGGGAUUCAAAGGUUAAAAAAUGUCUUAAAUUUAAAUGAACUAUGAUGCAUAAAACAAAGGCUACAUAUUUUCUUCAAAAAACAUGGUUAAGUCUUGUUUUCAAAAUUUAUGAUGUGUAAGUAAACAAGAUCAAUAACUACUCAAUAUAUUGGUAGUAGUAAAUUACUUUUAUUUACUAAUGAGUCAUAAAGUCAUAAGCACAAAUAACAAAAGGGGCUACAAUCUUGUUAGCAACAAUAAAGGGUAUAGAUUGAGUCAAUAAUGCCUUUACCAUUUCAUUUCUCUCACCAGGCAAAUAUACUUUUCCCAGAUGAUUAUCCUUUUUCACCUAAUUUUGUUGGCUUGACGUUUUGCUGCUCUAGCUCUUCUUUGUUGUGCUGAAAGAAAAUUUAUUUCGUUUUUUUUAAAAAAUGUCUAUAAAGUAUAAAAGAUUGAAAAUAUUUCAUUUCAACAUACCAUAUUUAUUGGCAUAUAACACACACUUUUUCUCCCCGAAUAUAGGGGGCAAAUCAUGUGUGCGUGUUAUACGCCGAUAUAAUGUUUAGUUUUUUUCCCUGAAAUUUCCUUCUUAAAUUGAUGUGUGUGUUAUACGCCAAUAAAUACAGUAAUUAAAUAUAUUAAUUUAAGUGGACAAGCGGUCAAUAUUACUGAGUAAUAGUGAUACCCUUUAAAAUUUCAACUUAAGUUUGGAGGACAAGGCUUAAUACAUAAAAUUAUUAGCCCAGAACUUUACACUUCAAAUAAAAUCAUCCGAUAUACUUGUAGAAAAAAACAAGAAAACCUACCACUUUCACGUGGAAUUGUUUGUUGGUUGUAUAGUCGACUAUUCUUGAAGUUGAAGGCUGCUUGUGCAGAUGACAACUUUUUCUUGUGGACCUCAUCUUCUGUUACAGCUCUCAAUUUACUGCUACUAGCAUCCCUAAAGAAAAUAUUGAACAAAAUUAGAUGUGUAUCCAAUUAAAAAUAAAUUAAUUAAAAGAUAAAAAUCCCCCAAAUAUUUUUAUUAAUCUUAAAAUUGUAUAUUAUUGAAAUUGUUGUAGUUUUUAAGCUGUAAUGUAAUUAACUGAUGCAGCAAAAUCUUUAAUAGAAAUAUCCAUUCAGCAUGUUAAAGUUUAAAUAGAUUAAUUAGAAACUAACAAUUUGUGUCAAUAUAACAAAAUAUGU